AGGGUCUUUGUACCUGGUAUUUCUUUGGAUGACAAAAGCAGGAAAAACGAAUGCUGAUGUUUAAGGGCUAAAACAAGGAGUUUGUGUGUAACUGCUUGUCUUUGACUUCUGAGAGCUGAUUUGGUCCCUUGGUACUAGAAAUAGAUCUAACCAUUUGUCUUCAGAUAUUCACUGCCUAGUGUCUCUGUGAUGAAACUACACAGUCGUGUGUGAGCUUCUGAGAAAUGCUUCAGCACGUUCCUAAAUCUAGAGUACUUCCUCUGCUGAUGAGUCUGUUCACACAUUUAAGGGUCUGCAGGACAAGGACUUGUGCUUUUACACACCGACACGUUUGGUGUUUUAAUGCUACUGAGCAUGGCUGUGUGCAGCUGCCUCUUAGACACAGAACUUGUAACUUAGAAGCUCUAGGAAAGUGCCUCACCAUUCUGUGCAGCAUGGAAGUUUAUAUAAGGACCACACAUUUCUCUAGUAGUCCUUAGAGCAAAUCCCCGAAAUUACUUUCAAAAAUGAAAAAGUACAAAGAGAAAAUUGUAAAAUGAAAAUGUAAGCAGAAAUGGGAGCAUUUCUCUCUGCGGAGUGAUGGAAUUUAUAUAAUGAAUUGAAAAGGCAUAAGAAAAUGUUAAAUUAAGGUUUUUGGUGCUUCUAUGCACAUAGUCUAUUUUAAAAAUUAUACUGAGGGCUCUCUUAUGCCCCAUUAAAUUGCAGAAUUUAUAACUUUUGUUGUAACUUAUGUUACGAUGAUUAAUGCAGACAUUUGUGGCUUGGAUGUCCGCACUUGCUCAGCAGUAUUCUUUGGAAGAACAGCAAGUCAGUCCAGCCUAUUGUGAGAUGCUGAAGACAACAGAUGCCCUGAAAAGUUCACUGGAGUAAUUAUUAAAAAAAAAAAAAAAGAAUUUGGUGCCACCUAGGGUCAAAGAGAGAGACUGGCUUUUAUGAGCAUUGACAGUGUCCCGUCUUGAGGCUGUGCUGAUAGGUACAGGUUGUUUUCUCCCAGUUUGCAAAAUGACAGAUUUAAUUCAGGAAGUAUGGCAGUCAGUCUUAAUAUUUGAGAGCUGCCAGGAAGUUUUUUGGUAUAACCUCUGGAGCACUGGACUGGAAUUUUGGACUGUAGCUCUUCUUUUCUGCAUUUAUUGGUUAGCUAAGUGAUGCCAGCUAAAAUUUUUUAUUCUUCUGGGCCACACUUGGUUCUGUCUAUAAAAUGGUGAUAAUAAUAAAGAUAAAAGAAUACACUGAAAUCUACUGAAUACUUGGAAACUGGAUGAUGGUUUCGGUGGAAAGCCAAUUGGGAAUAAGCUAUUGUAUGACUUUACACUUGGUUAUGAGAAUGGCCUGGGGCUUACUUAACCCCUAAACAUAAUACAUAACAUUUUAAUGCAAGGAAGGAAGAAUGAUGAGUCUAACACCAAAUUUUAGUUUACAUUGCCCCAGUAUGAAAAACACUACUAUCUUUGUAGUUUUACUGCACAAGGCAAAUCGAUCUCAGCUGUGCUUCUAGAGAAGUCAUGGCUACUAGUUUUUAUCUGUAACAGUGCUUACAUCGACACAGUAAGUGUGCCUGUGGGUAAUGCUCCCCUAAAAGAUCUUUGUUCUCCAUCAGAACUCUCCCAAGGAUCCCCUCAAAUGGUACGAAGAGACUUUGGCUUAGCUGUAACACACAGGUUCUCUACGAAAUCUUGGUUAUCUCAGAUUUGCCAAGUUUGUCAGAAAAGUAUGAUGUUUGGGGUGAAGUGUAAGUACUGCAGAUUGAAAUGUCACAACAAGUGUACUAAAGAGGCACCUGCUUGUAGAAUAUCAUUCCUUCCCAUUACCAAAAUAAGGAGAACAGAGUCUGUCCCUUCUGAUAUCAACAAUCCAGUAGACAGACCAACAGAACCACAGUUUGGAACUCUUCCCAAAGCAGUCACUAAAAAGGAGCACCCACCAGCAAUAAAUCAUCUGGACUCCAGCAGUAACCCCUCUUCUACAACCUCUUCCACGCCAUCUUCUCCAGCACCUUUCCAGUCUUCCAACCCUCCCAGUGCAACACCUCCCCCAAACUUAUCUCCUAUGGGCCAGAGAGACGGACGAUUUAACUUCCCAGAAAUUCCCAGUCCUGCACAAACAGCACAGCCUCCAGAACCCACUGCAGACACAAAUGCUAAAGAACAGCCAGAUACAGAUGGAAUUAAAUACGAAGCAGAGGUGGAAGAACCUGAGAGUAAUAAAUCAGAACCUGAAGACGAUGAGGACGAAGUGGAAGAUCUGCCAAACAGAAGGCCGCACUUGCAGGGGAUGAUUUACCGCAAACCCAGCCAGACCAGCGUCUACCUGCAGGAAUGGGACAUUCCCUUCGAACAGAUCGAACUGGGGGAUCCCAUUGGCCAAGGACGAUGGGGAAAGGUUCACAAGGGAAAAUGGCACGGGGAAGUGGCCAUCAGGCUGCUGGAGAUAGAUGGGAACAAUCAGGAUCAUCUCAAGCUCUUUAAAAAGGAGGUGAUGAAUUACAGACAGACCCGGCAUGAGAACGUGGUGCUUUUCAUGGGAGCGUGCAUGAACCCUCCUCAUUUAGCAAUCAUUACCAGUUUCUGCAAAGGAAGGACACUUCAUUCAUUUGUAAGGGACCCCAAGAUAUCCCUGGAUAUUAACAAAACCAGGCAGAUAGCACAGGAGAUCAUUAAGGGCAUGGGCUAUCUUCACGCAAAGGGGAUUGUACACAAGGAUCUGAAAUCCAAGAACGUUUUUUAUGACAAUGGAAAAGUAGUGAUCACUGACUUUGGACUAUUUGGAAUUUCGGGUGUGGUUCAGGAAGGGAGGAGAGAGAAUGAAUUGAAGCUGCCUCAUGACUGGUUAUGCUACCUGGCCCCUGAAAUUGUUCGCGAAAUGGCCCCUGGGAAAGAUGAAGACAGGCUGCCUUUCUCCAAAGCUGCAGAUAUCUAUGCCUUUGGGACUGUGUGGUACGAGCUCCAAGCAAGAGAAUGGCCCUUCAAGAACCAGCCUGCUGAGGCACUCAUCUGGCAGAUUGGAAGUGGUGAAGGAGUGAAACAAAUCCUUGCAACUAUUAGUUUGGGGAAAGAAAUCAAUGAAAUUCUCUCAGCAUGCUGGUCAUUUGAUCUCAGUGAGAGACCUAGCUUCACUGUCCUCAUGGAUAUGCUUGAAAAACUGCCAAAGCUGAAUCGUCGGCUCUCCCACCCAGGGCACUUCUGGAAGUCUGCUGACAUUAACAGUAGCAAAGUUGUCCUGCGUUUUGAGAGAUUUGGCUUGGGAAUCCUGGAACCAAGUAAUCAAAAGAUAUAGCAUGGUGUGUGGUUGUCUUGUGAUAAUGUCUACCUACUUACACAUAAAGAAAUCUUCACUGAAUUUUCCAAGCUAUGAAACUGGUGCAGCCACAGCUGAAAGCCACACGACCAUCAAUUAACAGUCCUUUGUUGUUGGCAAAGGGUGAAUUCUGCCUGAGCACCAGCAGUUAUUUAAAGAAUGUUUACAUGAUACUUUUGCGUGAACUAUAUAUUUUUUUAAACACAAUAAACAGUGAAUCAAUUAACUA